GGCUCUUUGGUUCUUCUGCGGGGUGGGAAGACCAUGAGUCUUAGAUGUCCCCAGAGUCCUCUGAAAGAGCCCUGAAUUUAGGGGAACCCUGGGGGCAUCCCAAGGAUGGGGAGCUAGGGGCUAGAAGAAAGGGGCAAGAGAGACAGGAGGAGAGACAGAGGUUUGAGAGUAAGAGACAGAAAAACGGAACUAAAGGGCCAGAGGCUGAGAGAAUCAAGGAUCUUCAGGCAGGGCAGUCCUCUUCUGAGCAAUCCCCGUUUGCGCGCCUCCCGAACCCAAACCUCAGGACAGGGAAAAGGAGGGAGACAGACUGUGGAUCCAGGAGAGGCCAGGGAGGGAGUGGACCCCGACAUCACAUGGUCCCCAUCAUAUAAACAACUGUUUAAUGUGUCAGUUUUAAACACACAGUUUUAAACACACACACCGAGGAGGAGGAGGAGGAGAAGGAGAAGGAGAAGAAGGCGGCAUAGUGCUUGGACACCGGGGAGGGACUAGAGAGGAGGAGGGGAGAAAGUUAGUUCCCGGAGUCACUGGGCGGAGCGAGGAGCCCGGGAACCCCGCGCGUGCGUGUUCCACAUCCUCCCCGGCAAAGCGAUCACUAGCCAGCCUAUAAAGUGCCAUCACUAGCCAGCCUAUAAAGUGCGGGCGCAGGCGAGAGACAAGAACUGCCUGACAGUGGCUAUGGACCAGAGCACACUGGAUGCGGAGGACUCGGUGGAGGCCAGGCAUCCCUCAGAUACUAUGCGCCCCAUGAAUGCCACGCUCCACGCAGUUGCUGCGCAUCCCGCGGUUGCUGAGCUCCCUCGGAUGCUGCGUUCCUUGCAGACACCAUGCGCCCAGCGGAUGGUGAACACCCUGAGGAUGCUGCGGGCCCCACGAUUAAUGUUCAGGACCCCGAGGCACGUGCGUGGCCGCCCGCCCCGCACUCGUAUUCCCGCUGCCAGCUGCUCUACGGGCUAGGCGCCUUGGUGGUGGUGCUGCUGGUCAGUGGCCUGAUCGCUUUCUUCACCCUCAUCUUGACCACCCAAGAGAAGACUCCAAACCAGACAGGCACCCAUGUUCACCAAACUGGCUGCCCCAACACUACAGGGCAGGGGUCUCCGGUGUUCGCCAAGCUACAGGCUAAAAACCAAGCAUUGCUGGACAAUGUGACCCUGAGUUGGCACAGCCAAAAUGGAGCCGGGAGCUCGUACCUGUCCCAGGGUCUGAGUUACGACAAGGAGCAACGCGAGCUGGUGGUGGACGAGGCUGGGCUCUACUUUGUGGUCUUACAGCUGAAGCUCAGUCCCGUGUCCAAAAACAUGGAGCACCAGGUGCGGGGCCAGGUCUCUCUUCUUCUGCAGCUGGACCCCCAGGUAGAUGACCUUGGCAGCUUGGCCCUGACUGUGGACCUGUUCCCUUGCUCCGUGGAGGCCAGCUUAGUGGAGGGUUCCUGGAGUGGCCUGAUACCCCUGAAGGCUGGCCACCGCCUCAGUGUGAAUCUGAGGGCCUAUCUACACGGGGCCCGGGAGGCAUACAAGGACUGGCAGCUCUCUCAGACUAACUUCACCAGCUUCGUCCUCUUCCUCGUGGGACCCGACGCCCCACGGGAAUUGCCCGCCACACAAUAGCAGCCCAUGGGUGCUGCCGGCCACCCUUCUUGUGACCCUUGGUUGCUGAGACCCCACGCUGCUAUCUCUCAUGGGGCUUGAGCAGGGGUCCCCUCUUCCAGGACUCUCCCCAUUCCCUGUCCUUGACUGGACUCCGUAUUUAUUGUGAGCAUAGCUCAGAUAACACUUUAUAUAAUUCACCGGACAGCAUUAGAAACAUGCUGGUGCUAUCAAGAAGCCAGGCAUUGAAAACCCCAAAGGAACUCUUUAUUUAUAUUAAUUAAUAU